AAGCAUUAAGCUAAAUUGAAGGAGUAUUUUGAGGUCCGUAGUUUUUAAACUUAACUUAGUUACAUUUUCCCACAUACGGUUAUUACUUCACAAAACGAAGUGGUCUUGUUUUGUUAGCAACAACAACAAAAAGGAAACUCUAAGAAAGUGUGAAACAAAAACAAUGGUGAAAUCUAGUUCCUGUCUCAGAUUAAUCACAUGCGGUAGUGGUGAUGCUACUGACAAAGAAGAUCACCAACUAGUUUCCGAGAUCAAGGACUCUAAUGAUAAACGCGGCUGGAGUUUCCGGAAGAGAUCUGCAAGGCAUCGUGUGCUUAGCAAUACUGUGAUAACAGAUACCCCAUCUUCGGCAACUAAGGAAACUUCAGAAUAUUCAAGUAUUAAUUGUCAAUCUGCGGAGGAACCUAAUGUUGUUGAAAAGAUUUGCACAACAAAUUUCUCUAAUGAGAAGCCUCAGUUAUCCUCCGUCGCAUGCUCAGAGAUGCCAGAAACAAUUGUCGCCGAAACUGAGGGUAAGGUGGAUGUCAAUCUUGCGGAAUCUGAUGUGAUAAUCAUCCAGGCUGCCAUUAGAGGAUAUUUGGCUCAGAGAACACUGCUAAAGAGUAAGCACGUUGUGAAGUUGCAAGCUGCUGUUCGCGGGCACUUGGUCAGGAGGCAUGCUGCAGGGACAUUGCGAUGUGUUCAAGCUAUUGUUAAAAUGCAGCUCCUUGUGCGAGCACGACACGCUAAACAGUCACAUUCAGAUGAUAAUUUGAAUCACAGUGAUAGCAAAAAUGAUUACUCAAAAACUUUGGAUAAUGAGCAUCACAUGGCCAAAUCAAAUGUGAAGCACACUUCUGUGGAAAAGCUUCUCAGCAAUAAGUUUGCUCGUCAGAUGUUGGAAUCAACCCCAAAAAACAAACCUAUCCAUGUCAAAUGUGAUCCUUCUAAAGGCGAUUCUGCUUGGAAAUGGUUGGAGAGAUGGAUGACUGUUUCAGCAAAAGAUUCUGCAGAGAAUAAAAAGCCGAUUUAUAUGUCGGAACAGUCAGAUGAAACCAAAGAUAGCACUCGUGUAUCUCAAUCGGAAACAGGUAUUCCAUCCCAAGUGAUUCUUCAGUUAGCCGACUCAAAGCCUACUGUUCGGGUUUCACCUCUACCAUCUGAGGAUGAAGAGAAGACCGCGACUUAUGAUGAUAACAACUCAAAUUUUCCAGCAAGCCCCUCUACUUCUUUUAUAAAAGAUAAUUUGGAAGAGGCUCUUCCGAAGAUUACAAAUGAUGCUAAAGAAACCUCCACUGAAAUUGAUUCUUUCCAAAAUGAAAUAAUGGAAUCAAAUGCAAGUGUUCCACAGGAGCCUCAAAUUGAUGAGCAGUGCGAACAAUCUACUAAAGCAUUUGCCUCUGACCAACUUGAGAUUGACGGAAAGAAAUUUGCCGGUGGAUCAAGGAAGUUAAGUAAUCCUGCAUUUAUCGCCGCUCAAUCAAAAUUUGAAGAGCUGAGUUCAAUGGCAAAUUCUAGUAGGCCAAGCAGUUUGUUCAGUCAAGAUGUAUCGGUUGAUUCACAAGCAGACACCUCUUCAGUUGCAGAUACUGCAUAUAUAUCAAAAGAAUUUGUCUCAUCUGAGAAUUCUGCUCUCUAUCCUUCCAAAAUUGGUGAUUCUGAAUAUGGUACUGUACUCUCUAUUUCAUCAACUCUUGAUUCGCCUGACAUAUCCGAGGUUGAGACUUUAGGAAGCGAGCAUGAUGCCAAAGAUUUAGCAGAAGGGAUAGUUAAUCCUGAAAACACAAUUGAUCACGGUGUUUUGGCCAAGACUCCUCGUGCCACUCCGACUUCUAACUUAGCUAUCUCUGAUUCGGAUCAAUUAGAAUAUGUUAAUGACUCCAGUGGUAAUAUUGUUGAUUCAGUGAUGCCUGAAAACUCCAAAGAGCCUGAGAAAAAUGCAUCUGACCUGUUAAGUGAACAGACAGAGAAUGUCCUGCAGGAUUUCAAGUUGUCUCUAGAAGCUUCACCGGGAAGCCAUAUUACCAUUCCUGAAUCUCAAGGAACACCUUCGAGUCAGGUUUCGGUGAAACCUAAAGAGAACAAAAUCAAAAAGACUGGAUCAAGCAGUAGACGUAGGGCACUGUCUGUCGGUAACAAGUCGCCUGCAAAUGCAAAUCAGGAUUCAGGCUCAAGAGCGUUGGUCGGUAACAAGUCUCCUGCAAAUGCAAAUCAUGAUUCAAGCUCGAGAGUGUCAGUUGGUAACAAGUCUCCUGCAAAUGCAAAUCAUGAUUCAGGCUCGAGAGUGUCGGUCGGUACCAAGUCUCCUGCAAAUGCGAAUCACGAUUCGGGUUCAAGAGGCAGUAGAGAACAAUUGCCUAAGGAUCAGCUGAACGGAAAGAGGCGCAAUUCCUUUGGCUCAGUAAAACCUGAUCAUGCUGAACAAGAACCUAGAGAUAACAGUAGUAACAAUAGUUCUCUUCCUCGUUUCAUGCAAGCUACAGAGUCCGCUAGGGCAAAGCUAAAUGCAAAUUCUUCUCCAAGAUCAAGUCCAGAUGUACAUGACCAUGACCUUAAGAAGAGACAUUCCUUACCUGGUGCAACUGGUAGGCAGGGUUCUCCACGUGUUGAACAGUCAUUACCUCAAGCUCAGCACGGCACAAAGGGCAGUGGCGUAAAUGCUCAUUCUGAGAGAAAAUGGCAGAGGUGAAUUGACACGAAAGCUCAAGCGUGCUCGCAUCGGCGGUUUGUAGUUCUUCUGAUAACAAUUGUAUUCUUUGCCUCCCCUCCUUGACCUCAAAAUUUAUUGCUUGAGUUUGGUUGUGAAAGACAUAAAUAUAGAAAGACUAGAACUAGAAAGUUGGUGUGUCUGGGUGAGAGGCUUAUAUGUACAUUAUUAUUAUUAUGGUUCUCCUCAUUGUUAUUGUUGUGUUUGGUACCAUUUGUAAGUUCCAGGCUAAUUCUGCUUGUGAUUUCACCUUGUGUUUGUUAAAAGAUAUUUGUUUGUUUGAAAGCAUCUAUAUAUAUAUUUUUGUAUAGGUGUUGUCUGGUUUUAAUAAGCUGAAUAUUUCUUUGUAUUUUGAUUUCA